ACUUCAUUGGCGUGUGGACCGCACAAAACACAUUUCUCUUCACUUAGCUUCCUUCUACCUUCUUUCUUUCUUUCUUCAACAUAAUCGUCUUUAUCUCUUAGAUUCUAAUAUUCUAUACUUCAUCAACAUCGAUCAUCGCACUUCUUCUCCCUAUAUACAAGCUUAUGCAUGGUUUUGAGUUAUUAGAUAUCUAUAAGUCUAUAUAUUCUGAGUUUUUAAGGUGGUGGUUGUUGGAAUGAAGCAACCUUCAACUCAUCAUAUCAUUGGCAACCAUGUCAAACAUACCCACUUCUCUCUCUGAAAUUUGUCUCACUCAGUUUCGCUUAGCUAUGUCCAUAGCAGAUCCAUGGCCCUUCUCAUAAGCCUCACCUACACCUUAGCAUAACCCUCUCAAUCUCACCACCUCAAAAAAGAACCCAUAACUUCUGUUCUAUUGCUCUUUUUCUUUUUGUUUUUAUUUUUAUUUUCUAUUUUCUACUCUCAGAAAGCAUGAGAUUCAAGCUCGGGAAGCGUGCGAUUCGGGUCACCCGCUGGGUCUUCAGACGGAUCAAGAUCCGACCCGUGUACCAACGGUUGGACGGGUCAUCACGGAAGCCCAUGUCAAAGCUUCUCAAUUGGGGCCGCAAGUUGACUAGUGGGGCGAAGUUGUUAUGUAAUUCUACAAAAAUCGGGUCGGGCUAUACUCGGGUUGGGGCUGACCCGAAUCCUCCCGUGCCUAAGGGAUACUUGGCUGUGUAUGUAGGGCAAAAGGACGGUGGCGAGUUCCGGCGCGUGCUUGUGCCGGUGGUUUACUUCAACCAUCCCUUAUUUGGAGAGUUGCUUCGCGAGUCGGAGGCCGAGUUCGGAUACCACCACCCGGGCGGGAUCACGAUACCUUGCCGGGUCACUGAGUUUGAACAAGUCAAGACCCGGAUUGCAUCCGGAUCGGCUUGUAAGAGGCUUACGUGGCUGCGGCAUCAUUAAUGAUAUAUAAUUGUGGUGGUGAAUUCAUUGGAAUUAGAUUUUAAUGAUAUUAAAAAAAGAAAAGAAAAAUGGAUUCACUUGGAAUUUUGUUUAUAUAUUACUAGGUUGUAAUUAUUUCUGACCCUUUUUUUGUCAAUAAAAAAUUUGGGGUUACUCUUUUUUCAA